AUGCGCAGUAAUAUAUACAUAUAUCAUUAUAUUAUCGACCACUGAUUAAUUGUAUAUUGAUAUUUUCAGUGGCUCACUUCACUAAUCGGUGCAACUGUCAGCUAAAAUUUAUCAAAAAAUUUAUUCAAUCUUUUUUGUUUCAUCAUGGAGUUUUCUAAUCCCGUUGCGCCUUUAUUAUCUUGUAAAGAAUCAGAGGAGGUAGCACCUAAAACUAAUGAAGACUUUCGAAAACUAUUAAUGACACCUCGAGUGGGAGGAAAUAAAGCUAGUCAACACUUGGGUUCUGGGACUCAGCAAACUGUUCAGUCAGAGAAAUCCAAAAAUGCCGAUGCAGCUUCUGAGAGGAGAAAGAAGAAACAGUUUUAUGCAAAAAUGAAGCGUGAAGAAGAUGAGAAGCAGAAAGAACUAGAAAGUAGAUAUCGUGAUCGUGCUAAGGAGAGGAGAGAUGGUUUGAACAAGGAUUAUAUCGAAACAGAACUAAUUAGCACAACAGCAAAUUAUCGUGCUGUAGCACCUAAUGCUAAAAUGGAGAAUCUUGCUGACAGACGAAAACAGCUAAUAGAAGAGUCUAAAUAUCUUGGUGGAGAUAUGGAGCACACACAUUUAGUCAAAGGACUUGAUUUUGCUCUACUUGACAAAGUACGUACAGAAAUUUUUUCGAAAGAACAGCAAGAGAUUGACGAAAAAUCAAUGGAACAAGCAAUCGAGAGGGAAACAAUCGAAGACGAUAAAGUUAAUACAAUGAUGGGCAAAGCUGUAAUGAAAUACAUCCUUAAGCCACAAUGGCCUUUGAAAAAUGAGCUGUUUGCCCCUGGAAGAAUGGCCUAUCAGAUUGAACUUGAUGAUGAGGAAGAAACAGACGUUCCAACAACAAUGAUUCGCUCAAAGUCAGAUUGCCCAGAAGUGAAUGUUUCCACUGGAUCACAAAAUACGAAUGAUGUUGUAAUUAACAAACUCACUCAAAUUAUAUCUUACUUGCGUACUGGAAAACAUAAUAAGAAAAUAAAAAAAGCUCCUUUAACAAAUAUAAAAUCUGAACACGAACUUACAAAUGAUUUAAACAACACUGUGAAAAAAGAGCACAGAAAAAGACGAUCUGAGGAUGUAAGCAUUUAUGAUAACGUUGAUGACUAUGUUCCUAGCUAUGAGAGAAGAGAACGAAGGGAUGAUAGGAAGGAGAGGAGAGAUAAAAAAGACUACGAAAGAGAUAGAAAAAAAGAUGACAGGGAAAAGCACAAUGAUAGACAUAAAGAGCACAAAAAAGAACGAAAAAGCUAUUUUGAAAAACCAAAUACUGAAGAUAAUGAGGUGGAAUUGCUACGCAAAGAAGCAGAGAGAUCUACUAAAGAAUUGGUUAGAGCAGUCAAUGAAAAAUAUGACAAAGGAUGGAAUCCCUCAGGAUUAAGUGAAGUACCUAAAUCAACAGUUUCUAAGAAAUCUGUCAAAGGAUCGAAAGUGUCAAAAGUAGAACCAGAUAGUUAUGCUGAAUGCUACCCAGGAAUGGUGGAAAUGGUUGAUGCUGCGGGAGAUUCUGAUGAUGAAGUUGAUUAUUUAAAAAUGGACAAGGGCAACAAGAAAGGACCAGUUGGUCGUUGGGAUUUCGAAAAUCAAGAAGAAUAUUCAGAUUAUAUGUCUCAACGCGAAGCUUUGCCUAAAGCAGCGUUUCAGUACGGCAAGAAAAUGCAAGACGGCCGACGUACUCGAAGACAGGCUCCGAAGGAUGAAAGAAAAGAACUUGAUCGAGAGUGGCAAAAAAUUCAGAAUAUUAUUAGCAAGAGGAAAACUGAUUUGAGUUUUUCUGACAAUUCGAAAAAAGUUAAAUAUUAA